CGGCUUGCAGACAUGAAGGUGCGAUACUUGGCGUGUCCAGACUCAGGAACUCUCUCCUGCCAGGCUGCCAUUACUGCAUGUAUUCUUCUCUUCCAGGUCUCUAUUGAAGACAUGGGAUUGUAUGAGGACCUGGCAGUCGGAUCCGAUAAAGAUCAGCCGCAGUCUCCGGCACAACAAGAUGUAGAGAAAGCUGUAAAGAUAUUUGAGAAUACCGGCAAGAUUCCAGCCAGUGUCAUGGAAGCCAGCAUCUUCCGGAGGCCAUACUUUACGUCCCGCUUCCUGCCGGCGCUGCUCACCCCCAGAGUGCUUCCAAAGGUUCCAGAUUCACUCACGUUGCUCAUUGACUCAUUAAAACGAGCUGAUAAGAUUCCGGCGAACAUGCUGAGCUCAUAUGUAGAUGCCUGUGAACUAGAGAAGCAUCGGAAGUUGGAAGGCAAUGAAAAGAUGGAUGUGUCCCUGAACGAGGAGCCCAUGGCGAGGUUGCAGGCAGCACUUUGGGAGCUGAGACCGUAUGUCAUGGAUGGCAGGCGAUAUGAUGAGGUCUCGUCACAGGUGGCCGUGAUUUCCGAUAGGCUGACAGCAGCGAUGGGAUCUGGUAAUCCAUCCACCACUCCUGGGAUCUCAGAGGAACUUUUUUCUCGUAAUAUUGAAGAACUGGAACCCCAGGAACUGACAGUAUCUGACCUACUCCUCACAUCCUUUUGUCAGUGUGUCAUGGCGGCCUCCAGUACGAAUCCACCUGAC